AUGAACGGACACAGCGCCAGCUCUGAGAGUUACUACGAUCAGCUGGACGGCUUUCAAGCUUCUGACAGAGCACGCAAUGCCCUUGUUACGGAGGUUUUGAGAAAGUAUGAGGCCCUCCAGCUGAAGUACGCGGAGACCCUCAGCGACUACAACAACGAAGUGGAGUCGCGUCGAAUGUGGCAGAGCAAGGCGAACCAAAACGAAUCUGCGCUCACCCAAUUCAAGCAAGCUUCUGGCUCUAACUCUUUCGUCCUUGUUGUAAUCGACGGCGAUGGUGCGCCGUUUGCAGACUAUCUCUAUGCUAGGGGCAGAGAUGGUGGUUCAGACGCGGCCUACCAGCUCCACGCCGAAAUCAAGAACCAUUUGAAGGCCACUUAUCCCGACGCCGCCGUGGAUGACUGGAACGUCGUUGUUCAGGUUGUGCUCAAUCUUCAGGGCAUCGCUGCGAAGUUACACUCUUGCGGGCUGGUCAUGAACCCCAACGAGGUCUUCGCCUUUGCCAGAGCUUUUGGGUCCGCUCAACCGCUGUUCAGUUUUAUCGAUGUCGGACAGGGAAAGGAGAGAGCCGACCACAAGAUCCGGGAGACGCUGCGUGUGUUUCUCCCAAACGCGCAGUGCAAGCAUGUUUUCUUUGGGCCAACACACGACAACGGCUACCUCGUGGUGUUGGAGAACUACAGACGUAACUAUGCCUCAAGGCUUACACUCAUCGAGACCAGACCGGCCGAACCAGGGUUCAUGGCUCUGGGUUUCCCCAUGGUCCGAUUUCCGUCCGUGUUCCGGUCUGCGGACCUGCCGGCGAAGACCGUUGCAUCAACAAAUGGUUACACACCAACUCCAUCACCAUUGCCACCAGCAGUGCAGCCACCAACUCGUUCCAUCUCGGUGCCGAAGCCUGCCAUCUCCGCCAACAGUGCUCCUUUCGUGCCCAGGUCGGCAAGCCCGGCACCAUCUUCUGACUCCGCAUCAUCUGGGGCGGGAACGUGGGCAGCAGUGGGUGCAAAGGGCGCUUCGAACGGCAAGACCAUUAACAUCGCAUCAAAGAAGUCUGCGCCUCGUCGUUGCGUUCUCCUCAAUGUUCAUGAUGAGCGCCUGGACUCGGAGCUGCCGCGUACCGAUGCUGGAGCCGAAAAGCGUUUCGCGGAGCAGAUCAAGACCGGGAAGAAGUACUGCAACUCUCACCACCUCACUGGCGUCUGUAUGUUACCCUUUCUUCACGCCGGCUAA